AUGAAGUGUUUUUUUUUGGAUGAGGUUUUAAUAACUCCAAAUUCUUCGUUUGAUUAUAAUAAGAUUGAUGAGGAAAAUAUCAAAAGGGAUCUCAGAAUUAUAAAAAAUGAUAAUAAUUAUAAUUAUAAUUAUAAUUACAAUUAUGAUAAUAUUAAUAUAGAUAAGAUAUUAAAUUGCUUGAAUUAUUAUAAGAAGAAUAUUACAAAUAUAAAUAUAUUAAAUAAUAUUAAAGAUAUAACUAUUAAUUUUAUUAAAAAUAUACAAGAUGAUAUAAGAAACUAUAUUGAGAAUGAUAAAAAUAGAUGUAUGGAUUAUUGUUUAAAAUGUUUUAUUAUAGAAGAUUUUAAAAUUAUAGGAAGUUAUAAAUAUAAUAUGUAUUUAAAUAAUUAUAUUAAUAUAGAUAUAGGUAUAGAAUAUAAUAAUUUAAAUAUUGAAGAAGCAGAAUAUUAUAAUUAUCAAGACUUUUAUAUAUAUCAUAAUAAAUAUAUUAAUAUACUUAAAUCUUUUUUUUAUAAAAAGGAAUUUAUUAAAUAUGUAAAAGAAGCUAACAUCCCUUUUAAUCUAGAUCUUUCUAUAAGUGAAAGAUCUUUUAUAAAUCUAUAUAAAUCUAUAUUAGUAAUAAAUAUUAGUAAACAAAACAAAUAUAUAGGAUCUAUACAUUUAAUUUUAUAUCCAUCAAGUCAGGUGCAAGAUUCUAUAUUUAAGGUCUAUAAUGGGUUAUAUAAACGAGAAUUAAAUGAAAAUAUAAAUGAAAAUAUAAAAAUAAAAAUAAAAAGUAAUGACAAUAUUUAUACACAUGAUAAUAUGAAUGACAAUAUACAUAAUUAUCAUCAUAAUAUUUUUUAUAACAAAUAUAAUAAACAAACAACAAAUAAAUUAAAUGAUAUUAUAAAGGAUACCUCCCAUUUAAAUAAUAAAGAGAAAGAAAACACAAAUUAUGUGCCAGAUAUAAUUUUAUUAAAUUUUUUAAUUACAGAAAUAUAUAUCAUCAAGUGUGAUAAUCUAAUUAAUGAAUGUUUAAAGAAAUACAAGAAUAUCAAGAAAGCUAUUAAACUUUUAAAAUUAUGGUGUAUAAAUAAAAAAUUAUUAUAUACACUUCCUACAUAUGAAAAUAAUAAUUAUAUAAAAUUAAAAAAGAAGGAAAAAUAUAAAUUUAAUAAUUUUUUUUAUUAUAAUAAUAUUAAUUCCUUUGAUUUAACUCUUUUGUGUGCAUAUGUAUGCUAUACAAAUAAUUUAGAAGAUUCAGAUGCAUUAGAUAUUUUUCAUAAGACCAUUUAUUUUAUAAGUUCAAUAAAUAUAAAUGAAUAUUUUUAUUCAUAUGAUAAAGGUAUAUUUAAAAUAAAUAAUAAAUAUGAUGAAAAAAAUAAAAAAGAAGUAUCUCAAAAUUUAUUUUCUAAUGACAAGAAUAAUAUGAAUACAUUCCUUUUAAAUUCAACAUAUGAUAUAUUUAAAAAUAAAAUAUAUACAUUUUUAGAAUUAAUUGAAGAAUCCAAAAAAGCUAUAUAUUAUUUAAAUCAUAAAAAUUAUUUUCAUUUAUUUAUAGAAAAUAAUGAUUGUUUUCCUCUUAAUUAUGAAGAAGAAAUAUUAUUUCCUUUUCUUGGAAAUAAUUAUCUUUUUAAUUAUAAUUUUAUAAUUGGUAAUAUAAAGAAAACAUUAAUAAAAGCAUUGGGUGAUCGACUUGAUGACAUUACAUUUAGAUUAGUGUCAUAUGAAUGUAUUGAAAAGGAAAAGAAAAAAAUGACUACUUUGAAAAAUAAAAAAUAUAUAAAUGGAAAUAAUAAUAAUAUUAAUCAUGUAAAUAAUGAUAAUAUUAAUCAUGUUAAUAUUAAUCAUGUUAAUAAUAAUGAUAAUAAUUAUGAUUAUUUGUUGAAAACCUCUGAAGAUAUACUUAUCAAUAAUAAUAUAAUAACAAACAAAAUAAAACAUGGUUUCAUUGACAAGAAAAUGUUUAUAGGGGUAUCCUUUUUUAUAAAAACAAAUAAUAUUAUUAGAUAUAUGGAUAUCUCUAAAUAUUUAUAUAAACCUGAAAAAAUCUCAGCAUUCAAAAAAUUCUGGACUGAUAAAGUUACUAUUAGAAGAUUUGAAAAUAAUACAAUUUUUGAAGUAUUAAUUUGGAAUACACCAGGAGAGCAUAAAAAAAAAGGAGGUUCAAAAAAUGUAGAUUCAAAAAAUAUAGAUUCAACAAAUGUAGAUUCUACAAAUGUAGAUUCUACAAAUGUAGAUUCUACAAAUAUAGAUGCAACAAAUAUAGAUGCAACGAAUGUAAAUUCGUGUGGUUGUGAGCAUUUAAAUAACAUAGAGGAGAACAAUCAAAGUGACAACAACAACAAUAAUAAUAAUCAUAAUAAUAAUAAUAAUAAUUAUUAUUAUUAUUGUGGGGAAGACAAAAUAGAAAAAAAAAAAAAAAGAAAGAAAAAAAAAAAAAAUCCAAUUAAAUGUCAAGGAACAGAAAAUAUACAUGGUAAGAUAAAAAAUUAUAAUACAUGCAAUUUCAUAUUUGAAAAUUUAUGUAGCGAAUUAUAUGAAGAUAAAAAUAAUUCUAUACAUGUUCAAAUAAUAAAAUAUAUUUUAAAUAAAAUGAAAUUUAAAGAAGAAAAAGAUUUAAAAGAAAGUCUUUAUAAACAAAUAAAAAAGAAUAUAGAUCAAGAUCAUGAUGAUUCUAAUAUUUUUUGUUUUGAAUAUAUAGAAUAUAAAACACCAUAUAUAUAUUUUUCAAACCCAUUAUUUAUUAAAGAUAUAUAUUUUGAUUAUUAUGAAUCCAUAUGGAAUUAUUAUAAUGAAAUAAAAUCUAUACUUUAUAAUAUAAGUGAACCAUUUUUUUCAAUUUGUAAUAUAAAUAGUAGUAAUGAAUUUUUAAAAAUGUCAGAUCUAGGUUUUUUUAAAAAAAAAAGUCUACAAAUUAUUGAUAUUAUUAUAGAUAUUAAAUUUAAUUCUAAUAUAUAUAAAAAUGGAAUGCAAUAUUUUAAAAAUUAUGAAAUCGUCAAAAAUAUAAUAAAACAUAAGUUAAUAAAUGAAAGUAGUAAUAAUAAUAUAAUAAAUAUUGAACAAAAGAAUUUCUUUAUUGAUAUAACAUUUAAACAAUUUAUAUUUAGAUUACAUAUUUUUACAAGUAAAAUGUUUCAAAAAUAUUUAAUACAAAUUACAGAUAUGGAUAAUAUAAAAAUACAAACAGUAGAUCAUAUAGAUCAAAUUAAAAAUUAUAUUUAUAAACCUUUAAUAUCUUCUUUUAUUUAUUAUUAUAUAAUGAAAUUCUCAUCUUUUCAUAUCUCUUUAAAAAUAUGUAAACUCUGGUGUAUUUCGAAUGGUAUAUAUUGUUAUGAAGAUUUUAUAGAAAACAUCUUAUUUUAUAUAUAUAGACAAGAAUAUAAAAAGCAUUGUAAGAUGAAUAAUUUUUAUUAUCAAAAAGGGGUGCAUAUCAAUAAUCAUGGUUUAAUCGAAUUUUUUGACAGAUACAAAUCGUGGGAUCAUACACAUAUAAUGGGUUCUAUAAAACAAAAGAUGGAGAAAGAAAAAAGGAAUAUUAAUAAUGACAAUAGAUGUGAUACCAAUUGUGAUAAUAAUUAUUUUUAUACAUUUCAUAAUGAUGAUUAUGAUUAUGAUUAUGAUGAUGAUAAUCAAAGUGAGGUGGGACAAUCGAAGGAAGACAAAAAGAAUGGUAGUAGUUCUAAAAAAAUCCAAAAUGAAGAUUCAAACAAAAAUAUUAAUAGAAAAAAUAAAUCAAAUGAAAAAAAUAUAAUAAAGAAAAAUUCAUCUAUUUUAAAUUUGCAAAAAAUAGAAAACGAAGAAGAUAGCUUUUUAGAUAGUUUUUCCUUUUCAUCAAAAAAUAUUUUAAUUAAAUUUUUAAGAUUUAUUAUAAAUUAUGAUUGGCUUAAUAAUCCUUUAAUUAUUGAAUAUGAUGAAUCUGAUAUAAGUGAAGAAUAUAAAACCAAAUUAAUAAAUUCUUUUAUAACAAGAAAAAAAAAUAAUAAGGAAAACAAAAAAAAAAAUUUUUGGAUAUGUUCAAUAUAUGAUCCACAUUGUUUGUUGAUAACAUUACCUCAACAAUCGUAUGAUUUCAUAAUGAAUGUGGCAACAAUUACGUUAAACAAUAUAAAAGAAUUCCAUCGUUAUUAUGAUAGAGACAGUUGGAUUUCUUUAUUUUUUAUGAAAAAGAAAAAUUAUGAUAUUAUUUUACAAUUUAAUAAGCCAAAGGAUUCUAUAAAUAAGUUGAAGGAAGAAAUGAAAAAGGUUUCAUAUAUAAAAAGGAAACAAGAAUGUGUCGACAUUAUAUUAUAUGAUAAUAAUAAUGAUGAUAAUAAUAAUGAUGGUGAUGGUAAUGAUGAUGAUGAUGAUAAUGAUAAUAGUAGCUAUAUGUGUGAUGAUCAAUCUAUAGAUAACUCUAUUCUUAAUAUGGAAGAUCAAGAAUUUAAUCUUGAUUAUAUAAAUAAUAUAAAAAAAAAUAAUAAUGUUGAAACAUCAGAUAUGAUACAUAAUUUAAAAGAAUGUGAAUUAUUACAUGUUUAUAAAAUAUAUUUACAAAAUUUUAUAAAAGAUUUAGAAAAUAAAUUUUCAUCAGAUAUUUCUAUUUUAUAUAAUCCAUUAUGUUUUGAUCAAGUCCUAAAUAUAAAUAAUUUUAAAAAUAAAAUGAAAAAUAAAAUGAAAAAUAAAAUGAAAAAAAAUAUGCAAAAAAAUAUACACAUAUUAAAUUCGUGGACACCCUAUAUUUUUAUAUCAUUAAAUCCACAAUUAAUAAAAAAUUUAGAUAUAUCAUGUAAUGAUAAAAAUGAAUCCACUAACAAGGAAUAUAUAAAAGAUAUUUAUAAUACAUCUUUAUCAUUGAAUAAUAUUAACUUGUUAUUAUAUUACAUAAAAAAUAAUGUUAAAGAUUUAUUAAAGACAAUUAAAUUUACAACAAUAUAA